CAGGUAUAGAGACAGCAGUGUUCACGAUGCGUCUUCUGCGCCAGCUUCUUCGAAGUACACCAUUUCUCACGCGGGCAAAGCCCGUGUCUGGUAAGGUGUCACAUUUCAGACUGCGCACCGAUCUCAAGGGAGGCUCAUCCAACUCCUCUAAGUCGCCAGAUUCUGUUGGUGAUGGUGCUUCGGCACAUCUUCGUCACAUUUUCGACGACCAGAAGUACUUCAACAGCUUCACCAAGUCUGCAGCAGAAACUUCGGGCAAGGUUUCGCUGCUUCCAGCCAUCUUCUCCUUCCGCAGGUCUGGAUUGUUCUGCAACGAUAAUCUUCUGACUCCCCAUGGAUUGAUAGACUUCUCGAAAAACUCCCUAAGAGAAGCUAAGUCGCUUGUAGAAUCAAUGCUCCACGAUGUGAAGUCUGAUCCAGCCGGCCGUUUGUCGUAUAUCAACAAGUUGGAUCAGUUGUCGGACAUCUUGUGUAGAGUAAUAGAUGUAGCUGAGUUCAUCAGAGUAGCCCACCCAUCCCAAAAAUGGGUCAAUGCUGCGCAGCAAACCCACGAAAUCAUGUUCGAAUACAUGAACCAGUUGAAUACAAACGUAGAGUUGUACCAGAAUCUCCGGGACAUUUUGAGCGAUUCCUCUGUGACGGCCCAACUAACAGAAGAAGAAAUUCAGGUUGGUGAGUACUUGAAACAGGACUUUGAAAGAUCGGGAAUCCACAUGAACCCUUCUGCAAGGAAUAACUUUGUAGCCAUCACCCAGGAGAUCUCUUUACUUGGAUCACGUUUUAACAACGAAAUCCACAACUUGAAGUCAUACUGGUGUGAAAUCCCUAGAUACGAGUUUGAACAACUCGAGGACUCAAACUUGAAAAAGGAGAUUCUCGGCUACCAGUCCAAGGCCCCUCCUUCCAAGCAUUCUUCCCAAACUAUCAGCAUCCCAUUAGUGGGCCACAUUCCCUUCACGAUCCUUACCACAUGUUCGAUAGAGCUGAUCAGAAGGGAGAUCUGGAUUUCUUUGCAUAAUUCUUCAGAUGAGCAGAUCGCUACUCUUAACAACUUCCUCAAAUACAGAGCUACGUUGGCAAAAAUGUUGGGCUACAAGUCUUUUUCACACUAUCAAUUGGAACAUAAAAUGGCCAAGAAUCCCGAAAAUGUAGUUACAUUUUUGACUAACUUACAGAAGUCGUUGAGAGAAAAGGGUGUUACUGAAGAAAUCAAAAAGUUGUACCAAUACAGAGAUGAUUCCACGAUUUCACAGGUACAGAAGGCAUCUACUGAAGAUAUUAUUGAUGGAGUUAAACCCUGGGAUAGGGAUUACCUCUUGGAAAAGCUCCAGAAAGCGUCUAACAAGAAUUUGGAAGAGUUAGAAAACAUCAACGAAUACUUGUCUGUUGGCACUAUUGUCGCGGGAUUGAGUGAAUUAUUUAAGCUGAUCUACAAUGUUGAGUUUGUGCCUGUGGCAACGCUCAAGGGAGAAACGUGGGAUCAAAACCAAGUUCGUAAAGUUGCGGUAGUUGACGAUUCUACAAAGAAGAAACUAGGGUUCCUCUAUUUAGAUUUCUGGUCCCCCAAAGUCUUACCAUCUCAUUUCACGAUAGUUUGUCUGAGAAAGCUCAAUUUAGAUAUUAAGAGCGAAACGAAAGACAAGAUGAGACAAUUGGUACAAUUGGAUGAGGACGAAACGUCACAACUCCCCGUGAUUUCGUUGAUUUGUAACUUUCAGAAAUCAAAUGAUGGUCACAUAGGUAGAUUUGCAGGCGUAGAGAACGAGAAGCCUACAUUACUUUCGUUGAACCAAGUGGAUACAGUUUUCCAUGAAAUGGGUCAUGCCAUGCAUUCCAUGAUUGGACGUACUGACUUGCAUAACCUCUCUGGAACGAGGUGUGCCACUGACUUCGUAGAGUUGCCCUCGGUUCUAAUGGAAUCUUUCAGUAAGGACCCUCGAGUCUUGUGUAAAAUUGCAAAGCACUACGAAACGGGCGAGCCAUUAUCUCCUAAACUAUUGGCUCAGCACCAGACACAGAAAGUGAUGUUAGACGAAUGUGAAACCUACAUGCAAUCAAAGAUGGCCAUGUUGGAUCAAGUUCUACACAGCGAAGAUGUCGUCAGGACUAUUUCGGAAGACUUUGCUAACUUCGACUCUACGCCUAUAUACCAUAGUCUUGAGUCCAAGUUGAAGGUUUUUGCCGAUACCUGGUCUACUUGGCAUGGUAAGUUUCCCCACUUGUUCUCGUAUGGUGCCGUUUAUUACUCCUACUUGUUGGAUCGGGCCAUCGCAGAGAAGAUUUGGAAUGGGUUGUUUGCACACGAUCCUUGGAGUAGAGAGGCGGGAGAGAAGUACAAAAACAGCAUAUUGAAGUGGGGAGGCACCCGUGAUCCUUGGGAAUGCCUUGCAGAUGCGUUGGAGAACGACGAGCUCAGCAAAGGAGACUCGCGAGCAAUGGAAAUAAUCGGCAAGGAUUCCUUGUGACGUCACAACAAAAGUAAUUUUGGUUUUUAAUGGCAUUAUGAAACUUGUACAUAGAACUUCUACAAUAGAUAAAAUUACAGUAUAA